GGUGUAGGAGGGGGAAGGCUUUAUUCAUACUUCUGUGUUUCUCUUUUGCCGAUUGACUUUGACUGUUCUACUGAGUGGACAUUUGUGGAGACGAUAACUAUUCUGGAUGUGGAUUUAUACAUCUUUGCGACCAGGAAGUUGAAACACUGAUUAUCAAGGUCUUCUGAAAGGAUACGAGAUGCAUCAGUUUAUAUUAGUCUUAAUCACACUCCUGGUCUUAUGGCCAACUACUGUUCAUGGUGGGAAUGUCCUGGUGUUUCCAGUGGAAGGCAGCCAUUGGAUCAACAUGAAUGUCAUUAUUGAAGCGCUGCAUUCAAGAGGUCAUAGUGUGUCAGUAGUACGGCCAUCAGACAGCUGGUACAUCAAGGAAACCUCCCCUCACUACAGUUCAAUCCCAAUUGAUAUUCCAGGUGGAUUUGAUGAGGACUUUGCCACAGUGUUUGUGGGUAGACUUCUGGAGAUCCAGAGAGAAGGAAAGGGUGCAUGGGCUCGUUUUAAACUGGAAAUGGAGCUCACGGUAAAAGCCGGAGAGAUGCAUGAAAAGGUUUGUGAAAUGCUUACAUACAUAUUUGAGAAUAAAGAGCUGAUGAAAUCUCUCCAGGAUGCAAAGUACGACUUGGUUCUGACUGAUCCUGCUAUGGCAGGGGGAGUUAUACUGGCACACUACCUUAGUUUACCCGUUGUUUUUAAUGUCAGAUGGACCAUUCACGGUGAAGGUCAUUUUGCUAUAGCUCCCUCUCCUCUUUCAUAUGUUCCUAUGGUAGGGGCAGAGUUAACGGACAAAAUGACUUUUCUUGAGAAAGUAAAAAAUGUACUGAUUUAUGGAAUGAGCUCUGCUCAGAUUGCACAUGCUAUUAGUCCACAAUACACUGCCUUGGUUAGUCAGUACUUUGGUCCUGAGGUCGACUACUUCUCAUUGUUUCAAGCUGCUGAUUUAUGGCUCAUGAGAGUUGACUUUGUGUUUGAGUUCCCUCGUCCCACCAUGCCUAAUGUUAUCUAUAUGGGAGGGUUCCAAUGUAAACCUGCCAAGCCUCUUCCCCAAGACCUGGAGGAGUUUGUGCAUAGUUCAGGGGAACAUGGAGUCAUUAUCAUGUCUUUGGGAACCUUAGUUGCACAGCUUCCUCGUGAUUUAACUGAUGAAUUGGCUGCUGCUUUUUCCCAACUGCCUCAGAAGGUAAUCUGGAGACACAAAGGAGACAGGCCAGCUUCUCUGGGCAACAACACCUUACUAGUUGACUGGAUGCCUCAGAAUGAUCUGUUAGGACACCCUAAGACAAGGCUGUUUGUAGCUCACGGAGGAACAAAUGGGGUUCAAGAGGCUAUCUACCACGGUGUUCCAAUAGUAGGCUUACCACUGAUUUUUGAUCAACCUGACAAUCUUCACAAAAUGAAAGCCAGAGGAGCAGCGAAGAUCCUGGAUAUUUUUACAAUAAGCAGGGAUAUCUUCCUCCAGGCCUUACAGGAAGUUCUGAAUGAGCCGUCCUACAGGAUGAACAUGCAGAGACUCUCCAGGCUACACCGGGACGUGCCAAUGGAACCCCUGGACACUGCCCUCUUCUGGAUUGAGUUUGUCAUGAGACACAAAGGUGCUGCUCACCUGCGUACAGAGUCCUACAAAAUGCCCUGGUACUCCUACCACUCUGUAGAUGUAAUGGUGUUUUUACUGGCUGUUGUGCUACUUAUUAUGCUGACUACUGUUGCAAUCAUCAGGUGUUUAUGCUUCAGGAUGUGUAGUAGACUAAAAAUUAAACAUGAAUGAAGUUAUUUGAGAAGGCCAUUGUGUAUUGGCUUGAAUAGCAAAACACCAAUGACAAAUACGAAAAGCAAAAAUGUAAAUACAUUAUUUACUGGAAAGAGAGAUUGAUACCACAUGUUAGCAUAAUGGAUAGUUGCCUACUUGACAGUAAUGGAUAUUAGCGUUGUUUUAUUACCUCUGCAGCCAAAAACAUUUCAUAUGUAUUAUAUUUCAUCAUAUAAAUGAUGGCAUAACUUCUGUUUUGAUAGUCAAGCAAAGCAAUAAUAUUGUAUUCUGUACUUGAUACAUCACUGUACAAAAGCCUGGGCUUUUUUUUCAUUAAAUAAAUAAUUUAUUUAAUAAAAAAUGCAUUGUACAGAGA